AAAUUUAGAAAUGAGGGCGGAGAAGAUUAGCCGGACUGUUCUGAAAUGUUUUGAGAUAGUUCUGUUCUUCUCAUCGGGAUCCAAUCUUGUAAGGCUGAACAGAGUUUAGGGUUUCAGAUCCAGAAGAUGAAGGCGUUUCCUUUAGGAUUAGCCGCGGCUUUGCUUGUUCUUUCCCUUUCACUUGUUCAGCUCCGUGCAUCGGACGAUGAGAUCUUCUACGAGUCCUUCGACGAGAGUUUUGAAGGGCGCUGGAUCGUGUCCGAGAAGAGUGAAUAUCAAGGUGUCUGGAAGCACUCUAAGAGUGAAGGACAUGAUGAUUACGGGCUUCUAGUGAGUGAGAAGGCAAGGAAAUACGCCAUUGUGAAAGAGCUAGAAAAGCCAGUGAGUCUAAAGGACGGAACUGUGGUUCUUCAGUUUGAGACUCGCCUACAAAAUGGGCUUGAAUGUGGUGGUGCUUAUCUGAAAUACCUCCGGCCUCAAGAUGCCGGAUGGAAGGCUAAAGAGUUCGAUAAUGAAUCUCCUUACUCAAUCAUGUUUGGACCUGACAAAUGCGGGGCCACUAACAAGGUGCACUUCAUCUUCAAGCAUAAGAAUCCCAAAACAGGGGAGUACGUUGAGCAUCAUCUAAAGAAUCCUCCUUCAGUUCCAGCUGACAAAUUGUCCCAUGUUUACACUGCCAUUUUUGAAUCUGGCAAUGAUGUUCGCAUUCUCGUUGAUGGGAGUGAGAAGAAGAAGGCCAAUUUCCUUUCGGAGGAUGAUUUUGAGCCUCCACUGAUUCCUGCCAAGACAAUUCCUGAUCCAGACGACAAGAAGCCUGAGGAUUGGGAUGAGAGAGAUAAAAUUCCCGAUCCCAAUGCAGUGAAGCCAGAUGAUUGGGAUGAGGAUGCUCCAGUGGAAAUUGUAGAUGAGGAAGCUGUAAAGCCUGAGGGAUGGCUAGAUGAUGAGCCUGAAGAGAUUGAUGAUCCAGAGGCCACCAAGCCAGAAGACUGGGAUGAUGAAGAGGAUGGUGAAUGGGAGGCACCACGGAUCGAUAACCCGAAAUGUGAGAUAGCUCCUGGUUGUGGUGAAUGGAAGAAACCAAUGAAGAGGAACCCUGAAUACAAGGGUAAGUGGCACGCCCCAGAAAUCGACAAUCCUAGCUACAAGGGAAUUUGGAAGCCUAGACAGAUUCCCAACCCCAGCUACUUCGAAAUUGAAAAACCCGACUUCGAGCCCGUGGCUGCAAUUGGAAUUGAGAUCUGGACAAUGCAAGAUGGUAUCUUGUUUGACAACAUUUUGAUCGCCAAAGACGAGAAACUCGCUAGUUCAUACCGCGACACCAAAUGGAAGCCGAAGUUCAAAGUCGAGGAAGAGAAACAGAAGGCCGAGGAAGCAGCUGCUGCUGGUCCAGAUGCCCUCGCAAAAUAUCAGAAGAAAGUCUUUGAUUUGCUAUACAAGGCCGCAGAUAUCCCAUUCCUCAGUCAAUACAAGUCAAAAAUACUUGAUGUCAUUGAAAAGGGAGAGAAGCAGCCAAACCUCACCAUCGGGAUCAUAGUCUCUGUAAUUGUGGUUUUCUUCACAAUCUUCUUGAGGAUAAUCUUCGGAGGAAAGAAGCAGCAACCGGCAAAAAGAGAGGAGAAGAGCGCGAGCGCGAGCACGAGCGCAGCAGCUGCAGAGAGUUCGAACGAUCAAAGUAGCAGCGGCGGAGAAAAGGAAGAAGAGAAGGAAGAGGGUGUUGCUGCGGCGCCCGCUCGCCGGAGGUCAGGUGCUAGGAGAGAUAAUUAGAAGAGGGAAGAAUGUGGAAGGUGUUUUGUUCUUGAAAGAAAUUAGUAGUUGUGAUUGUACGCUGAUUCCUGAUUUUUUUUUUUUUUUGCCCCUUUUAGUCUCUGGAGUAUAAUACUAUUUUGAAGGUUAGAUAUGAGAUGUUGCCCGGUGUUGUUAUGAACACUUGGGGCUGGAUGAGACUGGGAGAUUUUUUUAGGGAAAGAAAAUGUUUUGGAUCUCUCUAUUUUUUUUUUUUUUUUAAAUUUUAUUCCUCUUUACUGCUUUUUAUUUUUUUCUUUUUUGUUCCUUGAUUUGCUUUUAUGAGAUGCUACAGGGUUGGUUGUAUCUUUUUCGGUAGUUUAUGGUUAAUGUGUAAUGAUGAAAGGAUUUGUGUUGGUC